UAUCCCGCCGCGGGCCCACACGCGGUAUAUACGCUCGAGUCACUCCGAUCAGCCCGGUGGCACCAUUCGGCCCACACCGGCCCCCGAAGGAGCACGCUGAACGCUUCACUCCUGCGGAUAAGGUUCAAUCGACAACAGAACAGCAGUACAGGAGCGGCAUGGCCGUCUGGUGGGUGUGUGCGCCGCUCUGCGGCCUGCUGCUGCUGGCUGCCCCCUCCGUCCAGCAGUACCAGUCGGACACGCCGUGUCUGGACGCCCGCAGUCGCCAGGGGCCGCCCAUCCCCGGACAGCGGUACCACGACUGUGACGCCGACGGACAGUACCGGCCGCAGCAGUGUGUCGGCUCCGUCUGCUUCUGUGUUGACACUCUGGGAGAGCAGAUGAGCCAGUUUGAGGCCGUCGGCAGACAUGAGGCGCAUCUCGUCUCCUGUGCGUGCGCCCGUCAGAAGACGCUGCAGGCGGGCCGGCACGGCGGCCAGUCGGUGACCUGCGACCGGCGCGGUAACUUUGCGCCCCGCCAGUGUGUCGGCUCCCAGUGUCACUGUGUGGACCCGCUGACCGGCCAGAGGCGCGAAGAGCUCGGAUCGGUGCACGUCAGUCAGAUCGGCCAGCUCCGCUGCGGAGCCGAGCAAACGGGACAGUACCGGGGACAGAACCGCGGACAGCACGGCGGACAGCGCGGACAGCUCGGAGGACAGCGCGGACAGCUCGGAGGACAGCUCGGAGGACAGCUCGGCGGGCAGCGCGGUCAGAGGAGGCGGCUGGGCGCUCCCGAUCGGCUCGGCCGACCACUGCUCGGUGGCAACACGCCCUGCUGGGACGAGCUGCGGCAGCAUGAAGCACGCAGCGAACCGCUGCUGGGCGCCGAGAAACCCAACUGUGACCGCACGGGCAGGUAUCACCCCAAACAGUGCAAGGGCUCGGAGUGCUUCUGCGUGGACCCGAACAACGCCCCGCUGCCGCGGUACCGCGCCAGCCGCGCCCAGGGCGCCGCCAUGGGCUGCCUGUGCUCUCGCCGCGAGUGGGAGCUGCAGCAGGGCGGUCUGCUCGGCCUCAGCGUCAACUGCGACGAGCUCGGUAACUUCGCGCCGCACCAGUGCGUGGGCUCUCGGUGCCACUGCGUGGAAGCCGUCACCGGCGAGCGGCUGCCCGGUCUGGAGGCGCACGUGGCCGACCUGCGCAGCCUCGACUGCGCCGCCCAUCGGCGGCAGCUGCUGGGCGCCGGCCGCUCCUGCGAGGAGGAGCGCCGGCGGACCCCGGCCGGCCAGCCGCAGCCCGAGUGUGACCGGACCGGGAAGUUUGCACCGGUCCAGUGCUCGGGCGACCUCUGCCGCUGUGUCAGUCCGGACGGAGAGACCUUGGAGGGCUACGAUCAGCCGAUCCAGUACAGAGCCAGCAUGUCCUGCGCCUGCGCGCGCCGGUCGUGGGAGGCGUCGCGCGACGGCCUGGGCCACCCGGUGGUGUGCGACAAGUUCGGCGGCUUCCACAGCCACCAGUGCGAGGGCAGCACGUGCUACUGCGUGGACCCGGCCAGCGGCCAGCCGGCCCCCGGCGGCACCGUGCACGUCUCCCAGCUGGCCAGCCUGCGGUGCGGCGAGCAGCGGCCGGCGCUGGGUAGCCGGCAGCCCUGCUGGCAGGAGCGCCGCCGCCGCGAGCAGCUGCAGACGGCGUCGGCGCGGCCGCUGCUCGGCCUCGAGCUGCCGCAGUGUGACCGCUCCGGACACUUUGAGCCCCGACAGUGCACCGGCUCCGAAUGUUACUGUGUGAACGCCGAGGGGACCCGGCUGAGCGGCUACCAGGGCGGCCGGCAGCAGCACCACCAGAUGCACUGCGUGUGCGCCCGUCUGAAGGAGGAGACCCGCGCGCUGGGACUGGUGGGCACGUCCACCAACUGCGACUCGCUGGGCAACUUUGAGCGCCGCCAGUGCCGCGGCUCGCAGUGUUUCUGCGUGGACCCGCACACGGGCGGACAGGUGUCGGCCCAGUCGAUGCACAUCGCCCAGCUGAGCGCGCUCGACUGCUCCGGCUCCGGCUCCGGACCGGCUCCGGGCGGCGGCGGCGGACGCCCGCUCCUGGGCGGGGGACGGCGCCGGCUCGGUGAGGACGGCAGCGGCCAGCGGGUGCGUCCCGGCCAGGGCGGCAGGGGUGUGAGGGUGCUUCCGGGUCAGGGCGGCAGCGGUCAGCGACAGCUACUCGGCGGCGCGCGCCGGCUGGGGGAGGACGGAGCCGGUAUGCGGGUCCGGCCCGGACAGGGCGGCAGGGGCGUCAGAAUUCUGCCCGGCCAAGACGGUAGCGGCCAAAGGGUCUUCCCAGGCCAAGACGGUAGCGGGCAGCGAAUUCGCCCCGGCCAGGAUGGCAGAGGUCAGAGAAUCUUCCCGGGUCAAGACGGCAGCGGUCAAAGGGUCUUCCCGGGUCAGGAUGGCAGCGGUCAGCGAAUUCGCCCGGGCCAGGACGGAGCUGGCACCCAGCAGCUGUUCAUCUCAGGCUACUGAUCGCUGCCGACUGUCGUGCGGGUCGUCGCAAUGUCAGAUGACACCGUUGUGAGACGCAAUUACUCCCAGCGUCGGGGAAUGUCUAGAGAACACACCAUGUCAGAGGUAUUUGUUUGCCUGUCCUGGCAUCGUGCUAUGUGAUUUGAAUAGUGCAUCGCGUGAUUUGGAAUCCAAUACAUAAAUUAACACGAUAAAA